UCACAAUCAAUCAGUCAUUCCAUAUUUGCAGUGUUCAGACGUUCCGCUUAUAAAAACACUGCUUUAUGAUAAUCUUAAUCAACCUUUGCCCUGAUUUGAUCGAGUCGGAGGGGCUUUCCAGGAGUGAUUAAUGUUCCGUUCUCCUUUGUAUCACACCACGAGUCAACGGUCAAUCAAGAACGUUUCACCUCCGUGGUGCCUUUUUUCAGCGAUGGGGCGUUGGAUGGUAUAUCUAGUACGAACUCCAUCACAUCUCCAUCAUCAUACCUCUACCAAGUCCGCCGCUCAGUGCUCUUUUCACGCCGCACCAUCCCUCAAAUAUGACUGCAGUCUCAAAUGAUCCCUAUUGGUGGCCGCAGAUCAAUUUCAAUAUUAAUUUCAGUUAUUAUAUAGCUGCCUCCUCUGCUGCAGUGUUAUACGAUUGGGCAUUGACAAUUGGACAAGAGUUUGAACUGGUCUGGGGGCAUCACUGGUCCCUCAUUACGGUUCUAUACAUUGGUUUGCGCUACAUUGGAAUAGUAUACAUCGUCAUCAACAUGCUGCAACUUCUUCCGACAGUCUCGGUGACAGAUGAAGUAAGGGUGAGUGAGAUUCUCAACACAAGCUCGUCGGUUCAACAUACUGACUGCAACAGCUGCAAUGUUAUGUACUUCACAGUAAACUGGAUGAGUGUCGUCACAAAUGCUAUGCUAGGUGUCAUCAUGAUCACUCGGCUGUAUGCCAUGUAUCAGAAAUCAAGAAAUAUGCUUAUCUUUCUCGUUGUAUUCUUCACGUCUGUCACGAUCGCCUGUGGAGUAAUGACUGGAAUGCUAAACAAGUAUACCAUAGGGGGGGAGCUCAUCCUUUCUGGUACCUACAUGUGCUAUCCCUAUGACCCGGAGGCAGACACCGCCAUUUUGCUUCCCAUGACAUGGAUACUCUCCACUGUAUGGGAAGUGCUCGCACUGUGUCUUGCAGUCUGGAUUGUUGUAAAACACUUUCGUGAACUGCAACAAUCGCCGACGGGAUGGGUUGUUAGGGACUAUUUUACGGUGUUAAUGAGAACUCACGUGGUUUACUUUGCAAGCUUUGUUGCUGUUUCCUGUCUCAAUCUCGGGCUUUUGUUUCCAAGCUUAGACUCACUUGCCGUGGGACCUCAGAUUUAUUUUGGCAUUCGUCAAGUUCUCUCGGUCAUGCAACUGUUUGUGCUCGGACCACGCCUCAUCCUUGGUGUUCGACAGCAUCAUGCUAAGGUCGUGGACAACUCCGAUGCAGGAGUAGACAUGAUUCCAAUGUCUUUCCAGCAGCGCACGCACCUGUCAACUGGUAGUGGUGUAUAGUCCUAGAAGUCCCGAUCAACACUUGAUAGAUACUCCCCACAUGCUGAAAACUACUCAGUACACAGUCACUUAUUUUCUUCUUGUUCCUCCAUCGCAGUUAACUUUCCUGCACAAUCACAUAUAAUGUGCCGCGUUCUGUUUCCGAUCUUAAUGGUGUGGCUGUGGACCGGUGCGCUCAUGAAGUCAAUGGAUCUUUCGCU